GAUCAGAGGGACAGUGCCGGCCCAGCUGCAGUAAGGUGCAAAGAAGGGGAGUAGUGGCUUCUUACUAUGUCCCUUGCUUCAGGCCCUGGCCCUGGAUGGUUACUCUUUUCCUUUGGAAUGGGGCUGGUAUCAGGAUCAAAGUGUCCAAGUAACUGUCAGUGUCAAGAUGAAGAAGUAAACUGCACAGGGAUGCAGUUAACGGAAUACCCCAUUGACAUCCCCCUGAACACCCGGAGACUAUCCUUGAAGGAUAACAAAAUCACUAGUUUGCCAGCUAUGUAUCUAGGACUCCUCAGUGACCUUGUGUACUUGGACUGUCAGAACAACCGGAUUCGAGAGGUGAUGGAUUAUACUUUCAUCGGAGUCUUCAGACUUGUCUACCUUGACCUCAGCUCCAACAACCUAACCUCCAUCUCCCCAUUCAGUUUCUCAGUGCUCAGCAACCUGGUGCAUCUCAACAUUGCCAACAACCCUCACCUCUCAUCUCUUGACAAGUACACCUUUGCCAACACCAGCUCUUUGAGGUACCUGGACCUCAGAAAUACUGGCUUACAGACGUUGGACCACGGUGCCUUCCACCACCUUGUGGUGCUCCGAACCUUGUAUCUGAGUGGAAACCCUUGGAAGUGCAACUGCUCUUUCCUGGACUUCUCCAUCUACUUAAUAGUGUCCCAUCUGGACCACCCAGAUGACCAAAAUGCCACGUGCGUGGAGCCCACAGAGCUGACAGGGUGGCCCAUCUCACAGGUGGGGAACCCACUCCGGUACAUGUGCAUCACACACCUGGACCACCGAGACUACAUCUUCCUGCUGCUCAUCGGCUUUGGCAUCUUCGCUGCGGGCACUGUGGCCGCCUGGCUCACGGGUGUGUGUGCUGUGCUCUACCAGAAUACUACCCGCAGGUUGAAUGAGGAUGAAGCUGAAGAUGAGGCUGGGAAUAAGUUGGAAGGCACCAGGCGGAUUUUUCAAAGCAGGACUAACUGGGCCCAGGGUCGCUUCCCUCAGCUGAUUUAGUUGCCAGAGACUAAGAAUAGCUGUUCUGCCUUCUCCAGGCACCCUUCUUUCUCUCUUUUCCUCCCCAUCUCACCACCACUGAGCUGUUGUAGAGCCUGAAGCCUCCCAGAAAAAAUAAAUAAGAU